AUGGCCACCCUGCAAGAGUUCAUCGAGAACACCGAGGACGUGGACGGCAUUCGCUUCAACUGGAACGUCUGGCCGGCGACCCGCGUGGAGGCGGCCAAGGUGGUCCUCCCGCUGGCCUGUCUCUUCUCGCCCCUGCGAGAGUCGCAGACGCGCCCGGUGCCCACGGUGGAGUAUGAGCCGGUGGUCUGCGCCCGCCAGAAUUGCCGCUCCAUUCUCAAUCCGUACUGUCAGGCCGACUACCGCGCCCGCAUGUGGGUCUGUCCCUUCUGCAUGAACCGCAACGCCUUCCCCGCCAACUACGCCAACAUCAGCGAGGCCGCCCGCCCCUAUGAGCUGCAGUACACGACGCUGGACUACAAGAUCACCCGGGCGCCGAUCAACACGCCGCCCAUCUUCCUCUACGUCAUCGACACGUGCAUGGACGAGGAGGAGCUGAACUCGCUGAAGACGGCCAUCCUCGGCUCGCUGAAGCUGCUGCCGCCGAACGCCCUCGUCGGCCUGAUCACCUUCGGGCGCAUCGUCAGCCUCUGGGAGAUCAACGCCAACCUGCGCUCCUUCGUCUUCAAGGGCAGCAAGGACUACACGCCGAAGCAGCUGCAGGAGUGGCUGGGCAUUCGAAAUGCCGUCCAGCUGCAGGCGGCCGGGCCGGGCAUGGCACCGAUGGCACCGAUGGGGCCGCCCGGGGCGGGGCCGGGCAUGCAGCACCCGGGGGCGGCGGCCGCUGCCCACGCCGCUCAGAUGGGCGGCGGCGUCGGGAAGCACAACAGCGCCGGCAAGUUUCUGCAGCCGAUCGCGCAGGCGGACGCCGUCCUGCACGACCUGAUUGGCCAGCUGCGCCGCGACAGCUGGCGCACGGCGCAGGCGAAGCGCCCGCUGCGGGCCACCGGCGCCGCCCUCUCCAUCGCCGUCAGCCUCCUGGAGACGGUGUAUCCGAACUGCGGCGCGCGCAUCAUGCUCUUCAUCGGCGGCCCCUGCACCACCGGCCCGGGGAUGAUCGUCGACGACGAGCUGAAGAACACCAUUCGCUCCCAUCACGACAUCGAGAAGGAUAACGCCAAGUACAUGAAGAAGGCGAUGAAGCACUACCAGGCGCUGGCGCAGCGCAGCGCCGUCAACGGCCACACCAUCGACAUUCUCGCCUGCGCCCUCGACCAGACCGGCCUCCACGAGAUGAAGUACUGCGUGAACAGCACCGGCGGCCUGAUGAUCAUGGGCGACUCCUUCGACUCGAGCCUCUUCCAGACUAGCUUCACGCGCAUCUUCGCCAAGGACGCCGAGCACAACCAACAGCUGAAGAUGGCCUUCAACGCCGUGCUGGAGAUCAAGACCAGCCGCGAGCUGAAGGUCGCCGGCUGCAUUGGCAGCUGCGUCAGCAUGAACGUGCGCAACCAGUACGUCAGCGACACGGAGAUCGGCAUCGGCAAUACGGCGCAGUGGAAGUUCUGCUCGCUGAACAGCGGCCUCGCCACCAGCUUCUACUUUGACGUGGUGCAGACGCAGGCGCAGCAGCAGGGCCAGCGAGGCUAUAUUCAAUUUGUGACGCAGUACCAGCACGUGGACGGGUACCGCCACGUCCGGGUGACCACCGUCGGCCGCAACUUCACCACCACCGACUUUGCCUUUGACCAGGAGAGCGCCUGCGUCCUGGUCGCCCGGCUGGCCUGCCACCGCGCCCAGACGGAAUCGAACGGGCCGGACGUCCUCCGCUGGCUCGACCGCAACCUCAUUCGCAUGUGCCAGCGCUUUGGCGACUUUCGCAAGGACAGCCCGGAGAGCUUCCAGCUCUCCCCGCUCUACAGCAUGUUCCCGCAGUUCAUCUUCCACCUGCGUCGGUCGCAGUUCAUCCAGGUCUUCAACAACUCCCCGGAUGAGACCAGCUUCUACCGGCACUCGCUCUUUCGCGAGGACUGCUACAACUCGCUGGUGAUGAUCCAGCCGACGCUGCUCGCCUACUCCUUCAACGAGCCGACGCAGCCGGUCCUCCUCGACACCAGCUCCAUCCACCCGGAGCGCAUCCUCCUCAUGGACACCUUCUUCCACAUUGUCAUCUUCAGCGGCGAGACGAUCGCCGCCUGGCGCAAGGCCAACUACCAGGCCCAGCCGGAGUACGAGGCUUUUGCGCAGCUGCUCGAGGCGCCGGUGAAGGACGCCGCCGAGCUGAUGGUCAGCCGCUUUCCCCUCCCCCGGUACAUUGUCUGCGACCAGGGCAGCUCCCAGGCCCGCUUCCUCCUCUCCAAAGUGAACCCCUCCACGACGCACAACUCGGCGGCGGCGAUGGGCGGCGGUUACUACGGCGGGGCGGGAGGUGCUGGAGGUGAUGCGGCGGGGGCGGUGCUCACCGACGACGUCUCGCUGCAGGUCUUUAUGGAGCACCUGAAGAAGCUGGCGGUCUCCUCGUCGGCGGCCACCUGA